CAUUUGGUGCGCCAUUUCUGAUACAGCCAGCAACCGGCGAAUUCACCUCAUCAGCAAGAUGGCGAACGCAAUGCAACAGAAUGUUCAAACAUGGAAAGAAAAGCUUGACAAAGCCUUGCACGAGAAGAACUUUUUUACCGACCUAUUAGAAAAAGUAGAAGCCAAAACUGGAGUUCGUCGACUCUAUUUAGCUUUAGGUCUCGUUGCAAUAAUUGCCUUGUACUUGAUGAUCGGCUAUGGAGCCCAAUUCCUGUGCAAUUUCAUUGGUUUCCUGUACCCAGCAUAUGCAUCGGUGAAGGCCAUAGAGAGCACCAGCAAGGAGGAUGAUACCCAGUGGCUCAUGUACUGGGCUGUCUACAGCUUCUUCUCACUGCUCGAGUUCUUCACUGACAUCUUCCUCUUCUGGAUCCCCUUCUAUUGGCUCCUCAAGUGUAUCUUUCUGAUGUGGUGCAUGUGCUCGGCCACAUGGAACGGCUCUGACAUGAUCUACAAAAGACUCAUUCGUCCCUUCGUGCUGCGACACCAGAAGAAGAUUGACGAGGCUUUAGAUCAGGCGGCUGAUAAGCUGAAAGAUGUCUUUGGGUUUGCAAAACGAACAGUGCAAGACAUAGUGUCCAAUGAGGCCUCUGAAGUGGCAGCAGACGUGGCACGUCGACGACUUAAUGAUGCAACAAAGUCCAAGUAAACGCCCUCAGCUUCAGCAUAGAGAUUGUUUUCACCAACAGUAGUUAUUCCUGGAAUUCGUACCUUCCCUUUAUUUAUACCGUUUAUUCUUACGCAACCUGUUAAAUUUUUUACAAGACAUGAAGUGUGUGUAAGUUUGCUAAAAUGAAUAACAUUUUCCCUUUCUUGUUAGACAUGACAUAAAAACGAUUUGUUAAAAAUACAAACCAAAAAAUACCUUUAUUUUAUUCUGUUCAGUUAAUUAUUUGGACUGUAUUUCAUUGUUGAUGAUUGCUCAAAUAUUCUCUUAUUGUUGAUCAAUUAUUGUCUUUGAAUUUUGUGUUCAUUUCAAUUAGUCAAAUUUAGCAUUCAAGUAAGUGCUUGUAUUUCUGUUGUUUGCUGCUUACAUUGGUUUACACAUGCACUGGUUUUUUGUUUGCAAUGGAAACAAAUCUGUGUCUUGCUUUUCUGACAAGUGUUUUUUUAGGUGAAGCUGUCAAUAUAUCUUGUUCUGUAUAAGUAUGAAGUUGCUGUUGUGUGUAUUUAUAUAAAACAAAUAGAAUUUAAAAAGUUAUUUAUUCAAAAUUUGUUAUGACCAAGUUUGUUAUUUUCCACUAGUUUUAUGGCAGAAAAAUGAAUUAAACAUUAUGUAUGUGAAUGAUGAAUUAAAUAAACGCACACGUGCAUUGAAGAUAAUUACUGUAAGAACACGUGAUUUACUUCUUUGUUACGUCUUUACAAAGUAUUAUUGGUUAAAUGGGAAAGUUGUAAUAUUAGAAAUAUUGUAGACUUCAAUUGCAUAAUAACAAAGUGUUUUUUUUUAAAGAACCUGUGUGUUGUCUCCUUCAAUUAUUAUCGGUGUUGUGUAGAACUUGCAAGUCCUUCAUAUUUAUACAAUUAUAAUAGGCAUGUUUAUUGAUACAUUUAUGUAUAUACUUGCAUAUACAGUGUGCAUAUCUUGAGUUUUUGUUGUGCUAUAAGUGGAUCUGAUCUAUUUAUGUGAAUUUAAGUUAAUGUAAGUUAUGGAGAAUACUUUGAAAACACGAUUUACAUGCAUCAGAUUGUGCAUCAAUGUGCUAAAAAUGUGCAAUUUAACUCUUUAAGUGCUGGAACCGAAUUUUGAAGACCUUUGCAAACAGUUUGGAUCCAGAUGAGACGCCACAGAACGUGGUGCCUCAUCAGCAUCCAAACUGUUUGCUAUUCUGAUAGUAUUCUUUGAAAAAAAUCGAAGAAAAUGUUAAUUUAAGAAAUUCAGCAGACGACAUUUUAGCAGACGACAAAUUUCCCAGCAUGCAAAGGGUUAAGAUGUUUACCGGAGCAACAGUACCAAUGUUUCAAUAUAAAAUGUAGCAGACCAGAAUAACUUUACAUAGAAAAGGUUCUGUAUGUUAAUACAUACAGCAACUGUUAAAAAUAUCUAAACAACACAGCUUAGGGAUUUUUUUUAUACAAAAAUUGUUGUCAGAGCACUGCAAUAAAUAAAAGUUUGUACUGUUUAGAAAAAUAGGCAUGUCAUUUAAGCAACUUCAUCUAAUCUUGUGGAACUUGGUGUUAAAAUAUUUACAGUUGGAGAUUAAUAGCAAAUUUUACAGGGUUUACACAUAUUUCUCAAUACAUUCAUUCUAAUGUCUUUUGUAUCUACAUACUGUUUACAUUUUUUUUCUAUUUUGGUCGAUAUAAAAUAUUUGUUUCUAAACAAUGUCUUCAUAUAAAUAUAUUUUUAAGCUUAUAGUUAAGAAAGUCAUGGCAUCAUUUUGGUAAAUGGGUAUUUCUUAUAUUGAUGUGUAGUUUAGAAUAUAAAAUGUAUAGUGUUAUAAUAAUAAUUUAUUAAUAUAAAUGUGACUGGGUUUGGGAUUCUUUGCAUUUGUGGCUGAAAAUACAACACAGAAAUUCUUUUCUAGAAAGGGACAAUUAUCAGCUUAAUAUAUAGCAAAGUCAUAGUUUUAUUGUUACCAUGAUUAUUUUAAUACAAAGCUUUUUGAUACAGAAAGAAAAUUAUAUUUGGGAGUUUUAAAUAUGUAAUUUUGUAAACAUUCUGCCCUGACUGAAUAUUGUUAUUCUGAUGCAUGAUUUGGAUGUAAUACAUUUUUACAUAGCAUAUUUCUAUUAGGUAAACAUAUGAGAUUGUCUUUGAAUAAAUUUAUUCCCUGAAAA